AUGGUGCAGACGACGCUUCAGGAGUCGAGCGCGGACGGCGCGUUCAAGCGCACGCCCUCCGCCUUCCGCAGCCUUAUUACCGCGGAUGGGUCGAGCGGAUUCCCCGCCGUCGCUGGCAGGUACCACCUGUACGUGAGCUACGCCUGCCCCUGGGCGUGCCGCUGCCUCAUGGCGCUCAAGCUUAAAGGACUCGAUGACGCCAUCUCCGUCACUAUAGUAGAGCCGGUUUGGCAGCGCACGAGGGAGGGCGACGAGCACAUUGGAUGGCCCUUCGUGGCUCCAGGGGGCACGCCGGAGGUGGCAGGGGCGGAGAGCGACCCUCUCAACGGAGCUCUCUUCCUGAGGGACGUGUACGAGAAAGCAGACCCUGGUGCUGUCAAGUUCAGCGUGCCUGUGCUGUGGGACAAGGAGACCAGCACCAUAGUGAACAAUGAGAGCAGCGAGAUCAUGAGAAUGUUCAACUCGGAGUUCAACGCCAUUGCGAAGCACCCUCAGGUGGACAUAUAUCCGCCCCACCUCCGAGUGGCAAUCGACGAGGUGAACGAGUGGGUGUAUCCUGCAAUCAACAACGGCGUGUAUCGCUGCGGCUUUGCCAAGAAGCAAGGCCCGUACGAGGAGGCAUUCAAGGAGCUCUUUGCUGCUCUGGAUCGCUGUGAGGACAUCUUGUCCCGCCAGCGCUACAUGGCAGGAGACACGUUCACAGAGGCAGACAUUCGCCUGUUUGUCACUCUCAUUCGAUUCGACGAGGUGUACGUGGUUCAUUUCAAGUGUAACCGCAAUUUCAUCCGCGAAUUCCCCAACCUCUUCAACUACACCAAGGAAAUCUACCAGCUGCCCGGAAUAGCCUCUACACUGGGCGUUCUCGGUGCCCCGUCAACAGCGGCGCCAACUGCGGCGCCAUCUGCUGCGUUUCCUUACCUACCCUUUUCCAGUACCCCUCUUCUCCCUACCCAUCCAUUUCUCCCCCCAUAUUCCCCAUUAACCACUCCCCUAUGUACCCUACCCAAUACCUACCCCUCCUCCAAAAUCUCCUCUCCCCCACUUCCCAAACCCCUCUCCCCUUUCCUUAACCCCGCUCCCACCCCCUGCCAACAUGCUGCUGGUGGAUCAGGCAUGCCCACGUGGGGAGAGAGAGAGGCCCACGCCCACAUGGGGCGAGAGGCGAGGUUCUUCUGUCAGACGUGCCCCUAUGUGUAUGGCAUCACCAGGAAGAUUUCAAGGCGGCAACUGGUGGUGCAAAAGGAGGUGGAUGAUGUGUUGGGAGGGGAGGACGCAUGGAAAAAUGUCGACAAAACCGAAGCGUCAUGUCCCAAUCACCCGCGCAUCGCGCAGCGCAUUGCACGCGGGCGGAAACAUGGCGCGCGCGCGCGGAUCUGCGCAUAUUCAAGGGCUAUUCGUUCUCCUCGUGCUUCUCGUCGCCCCAUCCGUAGGCAAGUCGCCGCCGCCUCCGCCCCACAGCCCCCCCCCGCCCCACAAGCCCCCCCCGCCCCACAAGCCCCCCCCUCCCCACAAGGCCUCCCCUCCCCCCGACGCAUCCCCUCCAACCGGCGCCUCCCCACCAACCAAGGCCUCCCCGCCCCCUCCUCCCCCAGUCGCGGCACCCGCUCCGGAGCCAACUCUGUCCCCCUCCCCAACGCCCGCGCCAUCCCCAACGCCCGCGCCAUCCCCAACGCCCGCGCCAUCCCCAACGCCCGCGCCUUCCCCAACGCCCGCGCCUUCCCCAACGCCCGCGCCCUCACCGACGCCCGCGCCCGCGUUCGUCGAUUCACCCGUCGCUCCACCCAUCGCUCCGCCCAUCCCUCCCCCUGUCCCCGCCCCGCAACCCGCGCCCGCGCCUGCCCCCACUCCAUCCUUACCCCCCGUUCCCCCGCCGACGCCAUCCCCGGAGAUCUCCCCGCCCACACCGCCCCCCGUGAUCUCUCCGGCUACACCGCCCCCGGAGAUCUCUCCGGCCGCGCCACCCCCAGUUGA